UAUCGAUUUUCCGCAACAUCGAUUUUCGACUUUAUAGACUCGCGUGAUCUUGCUACGAAGCGAGACCGACCAAUGAUGAUGCCGUUCAGAAAGGAAUCGUGCAGGUUGUCCUAACUACCAACCGUCACAUCAACUGUCGCUGCCCCGACAAAGACCAGGGUGGUGAGAAAAAGAUGCGAACUUUCCCGGAAAAUCCCGAAAAGUGUCGAAGGCUGCCUCGGAUUUUCCCGGAUCGAGAAAGAACGAGCAAGCUGCCCCCCUCCCCCCAGACCACGUCAAAAACGAAACGGGAUCAUCAUGUAAUGUAAUGUAUUUUUAAUAUGCAAAGACCGGAACUUUUGUCGUCCAAGGAAGCAUUGACUCGGGCAAGUCUUCGUAUUCCCGUACGGAAACGCCCGGCGAGCUAUAAUUCGUGCUUCGCGUCUGCCCGCUUCUCACCGCACGUUCGAGUCGUUGCGGAGACAGCGAUCUGGUGGGGGAUCUCGGGGGCUUGCGCAGUUCUUUGGAGAAUACGAGAGAACUUGUUCACAACGCCAUCUUUCCAUCAACAAAUAGCUGUGCUGGAUCCUUUCACCGCGUGGAGUGGAACAUGACUUGUUAUAAACUACAGGUCAUAUGGAUGCAGCUCGAAUCUGAAGAUUUUCGAUGAUGUUGUUGAACAUUUGAGCAAGGAAAUAACCCAUUCUCUUAAUCUUGUGCUCAACCAUGGCCUUGGAGCUCAUUCCCAUUGGCACAAUCUUGGCUGUGCUGACUAACCAGGUCAUCAAAACAGCUCAAGCUGCAAAAGACAUUCUCGUCGAGAAAGAUAGUUUCAGAGUCCUGUCAAAACACCUGUUUGACAUAGAACCUGUUCUGAAGGAAUUGCAGCUCCAAGAGUUAAACGACUCGCAAGCCGCUCGGCUAGCACUGGAAUCCCUCGAAACUGAUGUUAAGAAGGCUAGUAGCUUGAUCGAGAAGUAUAGGAACCGAUCUCGGUUUUACUUGUUGGUCAGGUGCAGAUACAUAGUGAAGGAGGUAGAACAAGUGACAAGGGACAUAGGAAGGUCCUUGGCUGCCCUAUCUCUCGCAAACACUGAAGUGUUGUCCAACAUUUCAGAUCAGGUAAAUAGGCUGCAGAAUGAAAUGCAGAGAGUGGAACUUGAAACUUCGCAUUCUCAGCUCCAAAUAAUUGACAAGUUAAACCAGGGCAUUAAGGACCAAAAAUGGGAUCAAGGCUUUGCGAAUGACAUGCUUGAAGAAAUAGCACGCGCCGUUGGUGUAAAUGUUGAGCCGUCUGCAAUAAAUGAGGAAUUGGAAAGUUUCAGGAAGGAAAAGGAAGAAGCCGCACACCGAAAGGAAAAGGCUGAAGAAUAUUUCUUGCAACAGGUUAUUGCACUGCUCUCCCGGGCAGAUGCUGCAAUUAAUUACGAAGAAUUAAGAACCCGGUAUUUCCAAAGAUUCCAGGUCAUUGUGGGUUAUGAUGAAAGGGAAGAACAAAUCCCGCCACUGAAUGCCUUUGUUUGUCCUAUAAAUCAGACAACAAUGGUUGAUCCUGUGAGCCUUUGCACUGGUACCACCUGUGAGAGAGUGGCCAUCGAGGCUUGGCUUGAAAGUGGCGAGAAAACUGAUCCCGGAACGGGAGAGGUUCUUCAGGACACUUCUCUGAGGUCAAACCUUCUGCUGAGACAGUCGAUAGAAGAAUGGAGAGAGCUUAAUUACUGUCUGAAAAUCAGAUGCUGCAAACGUAACUUGUCCUCUGGUUCUGAUGAGUCGGUGAAAGAGGCUCUCUGCCAAAUUCAAGAACUUGUGAGAGAAGAUUCUGUUAACAAGGAUUGGAUCUUCAUAGGAGGACUGGCGGACAUCAUUAUCUCUAUUCUAGGGAACUCACACAACAAAGAUGUGAAGAGGAGGAUACUUAUUACCUUAAAGGAGGUCGUGGAAGGGCAUGCAAGAAGUAAGGAACAACUAGUUGAGUCCAAAGGUUGGGAUUACAUCAUUCCUUGUUUGGGGCGUGAUCCAAGCAUCUCAAAGGCAGCUAUUGCAUUGUUAUUCGAGCUAUUGCAAGAUAGAUCUGGUUGGAAUGUGUCUGCAUGCAAGAAACUGUCUCAGCAGUGCAGUUCUAUUCUUUUCCUUGUGACACUUUUGAGAGGUCCGGAGACGGAAUCAGCAGAGUAUGCCAAGAAGAUCUUGGAUAAGUUGCUCGAUGUGGAUGAGGAGAACAUAUCCUGUGCUGCUAGGUCAGGCUGGUACAAUCCGCUUGUUGAUCGCAUAGUUCAAGGUCCACAGUCAUCGAGAACGUCGAUGGUGACAUAUCUGGUCGAUAUGGAAUUGGUCGAUGCAAAUCUGGAGAUCAUUGGUAAGAUGGGGGUAAUACCACCGUUGCUUGAGAUGCUACUGGGCAGAUCUGAAUCAAAGGAGCUGUCUCUCCGUGCGCUGGUCAAGCUAUCAAGUUGCGGCGCCAACAAAGAACUUCUAGCUGCUUCUGAUGGGGUCUCUCACAUUAUAAAACUAAUGUUCACAUCCCACGAGCGUCCGGCUAUAAUAAUCAAAUGCUGUGAACUCCUUGAGAAACUCACUUCUGAUGGAGAUGGAAUCAAAUUCCUUGUCAAUGGAAGAGGCACCCAACUUGAGUUAGAACCGAUCAUAACUGGUAUGUUAGCGUUUCAACAGAGUGCCAGCUCAUCAAAUGCGCGGAGACCGGCCUUGCGUGUGAUUCUAGCUAUUUGCAACUCCGAACCUGAACUGGUCAAGAAGGCAGUUUUGGCUGCAAAUGGAAUAUCCAUUGUCCUUCCACUCAUCGAUGACUCAGACUCGGAAAUCCGUGAAGUUGCAAUAAAACUUCUCUUCCUCUUUUCACAGCAUGAACCGCACGGAGUUGUUGAGUACCUUCUUAGGCCAAGAAGAUUGGAGGCCUUAGUGGGGUUUCUUGAGAAUGAAGAUAAGAGUGAUGUGCAGAUGGCAGCAGCUGGCUUACUGGCCAAUCUUCCAAAGUCAGAAGUAUCACUAACUACGAGGCUAAUCGAGUUGGAUGGAGUUGAUGCGAUUGUGAAAGUAUUGAGAUCAGGAACCAUGGAAGCAAAAGAGAAUGCCCUUAGUGCACUCUUCAGGUUCACAGACCCCGCAAAUGUGGAGUCACAGCGUAUUGUGGUCGAGCAAGGAGUUUAUCCUCUACUAGUAAACUUUCUCCGGGUCGGUUCUGUGACAGCCAAGGCAAGAGCAGCAGCUCUCAUCGGUAAUCUAUCAAUGAGCACUCCAAGGCUCGUUAUGGCCACUAAACCUAGCUUUUGCUGGUGUUUCAGUGCACGUGUGCAUCUAUGCCCGGCCCACGGCAGCAAAUGUAGUGUUGCCUCCACGUUCUGUCUCCUGGAGGCCAAUGCUUUGCCUGAUUUAGUCGAACUCUUGAGGAUACAGGUUCAUGCAACAGCAUACGAAGCAAUUCAGGCACUUUCCACGCUGGUGAGGGAAGGAUCUCCCAACAGAGGUGCAACCACUCUGCACGAAGCCAAUGCUAUCAGGCCCCUCUUGGAGAUCUUGACAUGGGGAAUGGAUUCACUCAAGGAAGAGGCUUUGGGAUUCUUGGAGAAGAUUUUCCACUCAAAGGAUAUAGUGGAACACUAUGGAUCAACGGCUAAAUUGCUUCUUGUUAGCAUGACUGGCCGGAACAUUCAUGAUGAAAGUCAUAUUGGUAGGAGGGCCGCCCGUGUUUUGUCACUUUUGGAACGAUAUUCAAAAUCGUCAACAUCUAUCAUUCCAGGAAUAUAUGGAUAGUCAUCAUCUUAAGGUCUGGAAAAAGUCUGCUGCAAUUUAUGUUGAAUUAUCUAUGUAUUUGCCCAGAUUUUCCAUGUCCCAAGUACUCAAGGUACACAGAUGGCCCCUUUAACUUGUCUAUAAUUAUGUAAAUGACAAAUUUUGUAGUUAAGUGACGAUUAAGUAUAUCAGAUUAUUAUCAGUGUGACAUUUUGCAAA